AUGUCGUCCACCAUCGAAAGCUCCCUCCAGCAAAAAGGCGUGUUCGGGGCAACCUGGACCGUGGGCAAGCCAAGCGACCUGACACCAGCCGAUUCCGAGUCCACCUUCACCAUCGGAGACUACGGCGAGGCGGUGUUUGAGCCCGACAACCGCAAGCCCGUCGACCCCAGCGACUACCAAGAUGGCGGCAAAUAUCGCUCCAUUGUCAAAAUCAUGAUGAAGUAUGAGGGCAUGGGCGCCAACGACAACCGCUGGGCCAUUGGCUCGGGCUAUCUCAUCUCGCCAGACACAUUCAUCACGGCCGGCCACUGCGUGUUCGACCACAGCGGCGAGGGCACCGGCUUCGGCCGCGUCACGCUGAUGAAGGUGUACAUCGGCUACCGCGGCCGGGCGUCGGUCGACGGCGCCGACAGCAUCGUGCAGGCGCGCACGGCCGUCAAGGUCGUGACGACGUCUGAAUGGGUGCUCAACUCGGACCGCACGCGCGACGUGGCCUUUGUCAAGGUUGACAGCCCCUUCACGGGCAGCACCAACAAGAAGGGCGAGAGCGGGCUGCGCACCUUCGUCUUCCAGGAGACGCCGAUCCGGGAGCGCGGGUCGCUGCUCUGCGUCGUCGGCUACCCCGGCGACAAGUACUACAACGACGAGAAGGGCGCGCAGAUGUACGAGCUGAGCGAGACGGUCAGCUACGACCUCGAGACCAAGACCAACCCGCUGCACAUGCUGCAGUACCCCAUCUCGACCUUCAAGGGCCAGUCGGGCGCGCCCGUCAUCCGCAAGGGCGAGACCAUGGUCGCUGGACGCCAGACCGUCAUCGGCACGCACUGCUACGGCGGAGAGAGCCUCAACUCGGCCAGCGUCAUCAACGGCCAGUACGGCCCCAACUACCCCACCUUCAUCAAGGCCCUCGUCGCCGCGAACCCCCUGGUCAAGGACAUCACCAAGAGCACGCGUCCCAGCAACACCGAGUCGGGCACCGAGGGCGGCACCACCGGGGGCGGAUCCACCGAGAGCGGCGGCACCGAGAGCGGCGGCACCGAGAGCGGCGGCACCGAGAGCGGCGAGACCGAGGGCUUCCUGGACGUGCUCAAGAGCAUCGGGCGCGUCAUCAGCCCCAUCGCGCAGACGGCGCUGUCGUUCGCCUCGCCGCUCCUCGGACCCCUGGGCGCGCCCGUGUCGGCCAUCGGCAGCAUCGCGCUCGGCGCGCUCGACAAGGCCGUGUCCGAGUCAGACCUCGGCAACGGCCCCGCCAGCCCCGGCGCCGGUCCCACGGGCAUCGCGUCGCGCAUCACGCUCGAGGCUGGACGCGCCGAGCGCGCCGUCAUCGCCGAGGCGGCGCUGCAGACGGUGCUGCGCAUGGAGCACGGCCGCACCAGCAAGGGCAUCUUCGACCGCAUGGCCAAGAAGUACGCCGAGUCGGGCUUCACGACCGCGCAGGCCGAGACUAUCGGGCCCAAGCUCGUCCCCCUGCUGUCGCAGGCGGGCCUCCGCGUCGCCGUCACCGAGAGCCUCCUCACCAAGGAAACCGAGUUCGGCCCCGUGCGCAAGCCCGUCGCCGUCAGCGCCGCCGAGGCCGCGCUCGACUCGGGCGACGCCAACGGCGAGAGCUUCCUCAAGGCCGUCGGCGAGAGCGACGUGCAAGUGCUGCGCGAGUCGGACACCGCCACGUCCGGCAAAAGCGAGUCGGGCACCGAAGCCGGCGGGCUGUCCGAGAGCGACAGCGAGGCCUUCUUCGACGGGCUGGGCGCGUUCCUCAGCAAGGGUCUGCAGCUGGCCAAGCCGGUGCUGCUGACGGGCACGCGGGCUGGGCUCAAGAAGCUCGACGAGAUUCUCGCCAAGAGCCAGGACCCGCUGACCGAGUCGCUGCUGGACGAGAGCGACACGACCGACAUCAGCAACCCGAUCACGGACGAGAAGGCCGCGGCGCUGCUGGCGACGCGCGCCGUCGUCGCCGAGUGCGCACUGCAGGCGGUGCUCGAGGCCGACAUGGCCGACCUCAAGGCCAGCGUGACGCUCGGCGACAGCAGCACCGUCGCGCCCGAGGGCUUCCUGGACGGCCUGCUCAAGACGGUGCAGAAGAUCGGGCCGGCCGUGCUCAAGGUCGCACCGGCGGUCCUGCGCACUGCCGUGCCAGUGCUGCUCAACGCUGUGGCGCCGCAGGCUGAGGCCGGAUUCAAUGGCUUGCCCAACGACGUCGUGCCGCUCGCGCCCAUCCGCCCGGUCCCUGUCGACCGCGCAAAGAAGCUCGCCGCCAUCAACGGCUUCAGCAACGCCAACGGCAUCAACGGCCACGCCGCCCAGGUAAGCAAAGUUUCGGUUUCGAGUGGUGCGCGGCGCGUGCAGAGGCGCGUCGAGUUCGUCGCGCUUCCGUCUCGGCCGCCUCCGCCUCCCCAGCCCCAGCCCCAGUCCCCGCCCGUGGCGAUGAUGGCGAUGGCCAUGCCGUCGGUCUCGUUUGGUUCUUCUCCCGGCAACGGUGAGCAGGAGCAGCGGUCUACGCAGGAUGCAGGCGCGGGAGCCGACGAGGGCGAUGUUGAGGAGGCGCCGAUCGAGGGCGGCGAGGGUGGUGACAAAUUGCCGCCAUCGCAUCCAAGUUCAGGCAGUCAUUGCCACCCGCCUCGCAUCGACGACGGCAACCGCGACGGCGUCGACUGGGUCGGGUCCGAGUGUGUGGCCUGA